AUGGAGAGAGCUCUCUCAUACAUAGAAGAACCACACGUCACCACCCAACGAACACAUCAACAACUCAAGCUUUGUUUCCCAGGCAAGUACCCAAGUUCCAACAACCAAAACCCAUUUUCUUUACUGGCAGUUAGGGUCUCAAAAUCACUUAGAAAUUUGUGUCGUAUUGCUAAAGUGUCAAAUGGGUUUUGCUGUAAAAAGCUUCACUUCACUGGCAUGGUAGUGAACAACUCUGUAUAUUGUGCUUCACCUUAUUUCCUUGAGACUAAAAUGGAGGGUUUGGUUGAGAAGAGUGAAGGAAUGGAAGGGAUAAUAGAAGUGUUUGACCAAAGUGAGAAUAAAAUUGAGACUUUUGUGGAUGUCAUUGAAGAGGAGUGCAGACAGAGUAGCUCAAGUUCUGAUUUUUUGGCAUCAGAGGCAAAAGUGAACGAGGAACAUAGUAGCUCUGAGGAUUCAUCUUUACCCCUUUUAAUGUAUUGGCCUAUUCAGAAGUGUGAAGUGCCACAUUGUGCUGGUUCUGAUGUUUCUGAAGAUGUUGGAAAACCAAAACCUAAUAUGGAUGACAGGAAGUUAGAGAAACAAGGGUCAUCCAUGUCAGAGGCUGAGAUGAUGAAGGAAAGAUUUUCAAAGUUGCUGCUUGGAGAAGAUAUGUCUGGUUGUGGAAAUGGUGUUUGUACAGCAUUGACAAUUUCAAAUUCAAUUACUAAUCUCUGUGCUACUCUAUUUGGGCAAAUUUGGAGACUAGAACCUCUACCACUUGAAAAGAAAUUAAUGUGGCGAAGAGAAAUGGAAUGGAUUCUUUGUGUUAGUGAUCACAUUGUAGAGUUGAUACCCUCUUUGCAGACAUUUCCGGAUGGAAGCAAGCUUGAGGUCAUGACAAUCAGACCCCGAUCAGAUCUUUAUGUCAAUCUCCCAGCUCUGCGCAAAUUAGAUAGUAUGCUUCUUGUAAGAUUCCAAAUCAUGUUUCUUGGCAGAUUGCCUGUAGUCUUGAGUGGUUAUUCUAAAUUUGGCAUCUGUUCACAGGAAAUAUUAGACAAUUUUGGGAAUACAGAGUUCUGGUAUGUCGACCAAGGGGUUUUAGCCACGGAAGCUGGUGAAUUGUCCUCAUUUCGAAAGCUCCUCCCACGUCAAGAGGAGAAAUGGUGGUUGCCAGUUCCUCGCGUUCCCUUUGGUGGCCUCAGCAAAAAUGCAAGAAAGCAGUUGCAACACAAUCGAGAUUGCACAAACCAAAUAUUGAAAGCUGCCAUGGCUAUUAACAGUAUUACUUUAGCUGAAAUGGAAAUCCCUGAGCCAUACUUGGAAGCUCUUCCAAAGAAUGGAAAGGCCAGCUUGGGUGAUCUUAUAUAUCGGUAUAUUUCAUCAGAUCAGUUUUCACCAGACUGUCUGCUGGACUGUAUUGAUUUGUCCUCUGAACAUCAAGCCCUAGAGAUUGCCAACCGUGUGGAGUCCUCUAUUUAUGUGUGGCACCGAAAAACCAACUCAAAGCCCUUGAAUGGCACAAGUUGGUCAAAUUCGAAGUCAUCAUGGGAAAUGGUCAAGGACCUGGUAAUUGAUGCAGACAAGAGAGAAUUGCUUGCAGAAAGAGCUGAGAGCCUCCUGCUUCGUUUGAAGCAGCAUUUUCCUGGUCUCCCUCAGACCACCUUAGACAUGAACAAAAUCCAAUACAAUAAGGAUGUUGGCAAAUCUAUUUUGGAGAGCUAUUCAAGAGUUUUGGAAAGCCUGGCAUUCAAUAUUGUGGCGCGUAUUGAUGACCUACUUUAUGUGGAUGAACUGACUAAGCAUUCAGAUCAAUGCUUGGCAAUAUCCAAAGUUGGCAUGGUUGCUCAUCAGAAUGUCAGGAUUCCAUACGCGGCGCCCAUAUUGAGCACACCAUAUAAAACUGCCUUUACCACGCCAAGCUUUUCACCAUCACAGCGCAUCAGUUCUACAAAAGCAGAAAGGUCACCAUUUUUGGAUAGCACCAAGCUUCCUCAUCAUGGAGUUAGUGUGAAAAAGGUUUUGACAGAUUAUUUGAGCAUUGAUACGAAAGGGAAUAUCUACAGCAACCAAAUUGAAGGAUCAAAUUCAUUUUCAAGUACAACUCAAAAAACAUCAGCUUCUCAAAGAAUCUUUUGACUAUCUAAAAGAAACUCUCGGCCCACCAAAACACCACUUGGAUGGGGAAGAAUGAACAGUCAGAAUUAGCCUCACAGUUCUCCCAACUAUGGCCAUUCAACUGAGCUUCUUCAUGUAUGAUUUUUAUUGAUGUAUAAGGUGUAUUUGAAAGUGGAAAGGCGAUCAUUUUUGUAAGUUUUCAUGUAUCGGCAUGCCUCAACAGUCACAAGC